AUGAACUACCUCCCUUCAGCGCUGAGACCACAAGGUCGCGAUCGUGUGCAUAACGUCGAAGACGGCCUCUCGGGGAGCACGCUGCCAAUGGCAUUCGGUGCACCCACACAGGCAGCAAUAGAAAACGAUCAAAACAACCAACUCGCCAACUUCCGCCACAUGGUCGGCAUCCACAGCACCAAAGGCUUCUCCGGCGCAUCCCACAACAGCCUACACUUCGAUGGCCGCGCCGCACCCAACGUCGGCAUAUACAACCGUGUCUGCCACCGCGAAGCCGAAGCAAAACGCGGUUUUAAAUUCGCCUCCAUCCUGAUCAACAGCUGUCUGGGCCUGCAAGUAAUCGUCGCCGCCGCCCUAACAGCCAUGGGCGCC